ACCAUUUUCAAGCAUUUAUUUGUUAGAAUUUUACAGACCGUUGACACCAAAUACAGACCGUUGACACCAAACCUGUCUUUUCGUUCGAACCAAUGACACAAGAAAGCAAGAUUCCAUUCCGCCGAGAGGCAACAACAGAGGCAACCACAGAGCAAUCAAAGACAAAGACAAAGUGACUACUACCGGUAGUACUGCAGAAGUACAAUGAGCGACUCUUCUUCCGACGAGUCCUCUGGGAUGGAGUAUGUGGCGGCUGCAAUGACCAAGCAGAAGAAGCAGCGAGCGGCCGUCGAACUUUCUUGUACUGGAAGUCACCAACAGCCACUCAGCAUCGACGACUCGGAUGCCUCUUCGGCGGCUUCCAUCUUGGAAGUGGCUCCACCCAAGAAAAAGGAAGCAGCUGCAAAAUCCAAGCUUCCAAAGAGCCGACUUCUCGAGUCAGAUUCCUCCGAUGAUUCCGACGACUCCCUCUUGAAAGCGGUUCCCAUCUUCCAGACAACCAAGAAAAAGAACACGACAACAACAACAACAGCAAAAAUUCCCAACAAACAGAGUGAGCAGCAGCGCAAACUAGCGGAACAAGAGCGCAAAAAGGCAGAGAAAUUGGCCCAAAAACAAGCCGAGCAAGCGCGCAAAAAGGCAGAGCGCGAACAGAAAAAAGCUGACAAAACAGCCGAGAAGGAAGCCGCGAAAGAAUCACGCAAACGACAACGAUUGGAACAACAGGCGGCACGUGGAAAUUUUGCCACUAGUGAAAUUGUCAUGCUGGUGGAUCCUCCCUUGUUGUCGUCUAAGGAUGCCUAUGAUUGGACCCAGCAUGAAGAAAUCACCACGCACAAUUGUGCCGUCCACGAGUAUCGCAGUGCUCUGGUGGGCAAUAAUAAUAAUUGUCAAGCCAUUCAAUGGAUUCGCAAGAAUCAUUUGCAAGGCGGUGCGGCAUCGGCUUGGGAUGAGCUACGGAAAAACAAUCCCAAUGGCUAUACACACAUGGAUCGGCUCGUCCUUGUCUUUGAUGAUCCCAAAGUCUUUAUUGAUUUGUUGCGCCGCACAAAACAAGACAAUGCGGAUGAUGAUUAUCCGAAAUUGCGACAAUGGCUAUUACAGCUGCAGCACACAUGGAAGGCGGCAUGGCCUCAAUCCACGCCGCGGCCUAGAAUUCUCUUGCUCCUACACCAGGCGGAGCGUGAAUUGGAUCGUCAAUGGGUCGAGUAUCGCAGAAAAACCAAGAAUAGCACCCGACGAGAUGCAGCGGAUCAAACGCCACCGGAUGAGAGUGACUUUCGUGACGCCAUUACUUGGUUGUUGAUUCAAUACCAAGUGGAAUGCAUGUGUUGCGACUCCCUCGAAGAAAUCUGGACGACUGCACUCAAAAUGACACGUGCGUUGGCCAAGGGGGUCUAUAAGAAGAUUCCCAUGACGGAACUGGAGUGUGUCAAACGACUCAAGCCAUCGACAGGUGACAAUGAUCAACCAUUGGUCACGGCAAAGGACGUCUGGUUGCGACAGCUACAGCAAGUACAGGGUAUUAGUGAAAACAAGGCACGAAACUUGGUGCGGCACUACCCCACCAUACAAUCCUUGCAUCAGGGAUAUGAAGAAUCCGACGAUCCACAGGAGUUGGUGGCGGGAUGCUUGCAUGCCACGCAGUACCAGCAGAAACUAUCCGAGAACGUUCACCGGCUCUUGACCAGCACCAAUCCAGAAGAGAUUGUCUAGUAGAUGGGUGGGUCUCUUUGAUUGUUUGGGCUGGAUUACCGGUACCGGUCAACAAUACAUGUACAAGAGUCAGUCUCUGGAUGUAACAUUUGCAUGAUUCGAUUAUAUAGAAUACUAUACUGGUAGUAAUGUCACAACAAUAUAAGGUAGAACUUCCGUAAACUGUUUACGGUACAUGCAUUGCUC